AGGUUCCUAUAAGGUGUCAGGAUGUCACUGUGGAGGAAUAUUUAGAAGGACACAAGGAUCUCUUCAAGGAUGUCGCACCUCCAGAUGGAUCCAGUAAUGGGAACCCACCAGAGAGAUGUCCCCGUCCUCUGUAUUCCCGGGAUUCUACACAGGAAGGUCACACCAUCUCACAAAGAGUUAAGGAAAAAUAUAUUAACGGCUGAUAAUUACACUUUUGACCUGUUCAGGACGAUGUUGUUACAGCUAAUCUCACUUUUAUUAAAUAUUCAGGGUAUAAACCCGAGUGGUUGGAAAUAUCCUGUUAAAGAAUGGAUAAAAGAGGAGGAUGAUGAGGUUGGUGUGAUGGAGAGGUUUUCUGAAGGACACAAAGAUCCCUUCGAGGACGUUGUGAUGGAGCCAUUCAGUGACACAAACCCACCAGAGAGAUGUCCCCGUCCUCUGUAUUCCCGGGAUUCCACACAGGAAGAUCACCCCAUCCCCCACCAUCAUCAGAGUGAAGAACGGAUUAAUAUAAAAGCUGAGGUUAAAGAAGAAGUAGAGACGUAUGUGGGGGGUGAUCAGCCGUCCACAGAGGAGGUUGGGAUGACUAUGAAAAGUGAACAGGAGGACUUUUCUCCGCCUAUCAACACAGAUGGAGGUGAUGUGAGGAAUUCCUUGGAGAGACAUCUUCUAUUAUCUGCUGAUUGUAAGUCAGAAGAUAAUGUCAUCACACAGGAUCCUCAAGGAGGAAAUCCAAAUACACAAAAUAUACAUCACAGACCUUCCUGUCCGGAGACAUCAAUGGAUCCCUCUGAUCAGGGUGAAUCUUCUCAUCAAUCACAUACUAUGAUUGUAAAUAUCCAUGUAAGAUCUCACACUGCAGAUAGAUCAACAGAUCCUUCUAAUCCCGAGGAAACUUCUUUACCACCUGAAGAUGUUCACGGAUCUGAGAAAUUAUUCUCAUGUUCAGAGUGUGGGAAAUGUUUUAAACAGAAAUUUACUCUUCUUUCACACCAGAAAAUUCACACAGGUGACCGUCCUUAUUCAUGUACAGAGUGCGGAAAAUCUUUCUCUAAGAAAGGGAACCUAGACGAACACCAGAGAAUUCACACAGGUGAGCAUCCGUAUUCAUGUUCAGAGUGCAGAAAAUCUUUCACUCAUAAAGGAAACCUCCUUAGACACCAGAAAAUUCACACAGGUGAACGUCCUUAUCCAUGUUCAGAGUGCGGAAAAUCUUUUACUCAGAAAGGGGACCUUGUUAAACAUCAGAGAACUCACACAGGUGAACGUCCUUAUUCAUGUUACGAUUGCGGGAAAUCUUUUGCUAAGAAAGGGAACCUGUAUGAACACCAGAGAAGUCACAGACGUGAGUGUCCUUAUCCGUGUUCAGAGUGUGGGAAAUCUUUCACUAGAAAUGAAGACCUUGAUAAACACCAGAGAAUUCACACCAGUGAGCAUAAUUAUUCAUGUUCAGAGUCCGGAAAAUGUUUCACAGAGGAAAAGGUGCUUCUUAGACACAAGAGAAUUAAUUUUGGUGAGGGUUCUUAUUCAUGUUCAGAGGGCACUGAAUCUUUUUUUAACAAAGGAAACCAUGUUAAACACCAGAAAAGUCACACAGAUAAGCAUAUUUAUUCAUGUACAGAGUGCGGGAAAUCUUUUUCUAAGAAAGGGAACCUAGAUGAGCACCAGAGAAUUCACACAGGUGAGCGUCCCUAUUUAUGUUCAGAGUGCGGGAAAUCAUUUGGUCAUAAAGGAAACCUUAUUAGACACCUGAGAACUCACACAGGUGAGCGUCCUUAUUCAUGUUUGGAGUGCAGGAAAUUUUUCACUCAGAAAGGAGAUCUUGUUAAACACCAGAGAAGUCACACGGGUGAACGUCCUUAUCUGUGUUUAGAAUGCGGGAAAUCUUUUGCUCAGAAACCAGUUCUUAUUAAACACCAAAGAAUUCACAUGGGGGAGCAUCUCUAUUCAUGUUUAGAAUGCGGGAAAGCUUUCAUUCAGGAAGGAAAUCUAAUUGAACACCAGAGAGUUCACACGGGUGAGUGUCCUUAUUCAUGUUUAGAGUGUGGGAAAUCUUUCACUCAGAAAGGAACCCUUGUUGCACAUCAGAGAACACACAUUGCAGAGCGUUCUCGCUGCGUUCAGACUGCAGGAAGUGUUUUACAACUAAAAUAAGUCAUGAGGGGGAAUGCACCCGCUGAAUCUUUUGACAAAUGUCCCUGAUGAAUCUGCUGAAAGUUGCUUCAUGGGUGACCCUUGGGUGAUCAGACUCUGAUCUACCCUGGUUCACAUCGUUCCUGGAGAAUCGAUCCCAGACAGUGAAACUAGGAGCCUUCACUUCGGAAGCAUGUACCAUGUCAUGCGGAGUCCCUCAAGGAUCACCCCUGUCACCCAUACUCUUCAACAUAUACCUCCGCCCGCUCCUCAAAAUCAUCAGUAAACAGGACCUACUAUACUAUUCCUAUGAUGAUGAAACUCAACUUUACUUUCGCAUCAGCAACAAAAAAGUCCAAUAUCACGGACUAGAACAAUGCCUCACAUUGAUAGACAACUGGAUGAUGGAGAGCCAUCUUAAACUCUAUGUAUCCAAAACAGAACUUCUUCUGCUUCACGCGAACCGAAAGACAAACUGUAGGACGACAUGGACGCCACCACCCAUUCUGGUAUAAACCAUAACCCCAAGCACCAAAGUCAAAAGUCUAGGAGUCACCUUUGACUCUGACAUGACUAUGGACGCACAAAU